GGUGGGAGGGGUUUGGCGGCGGCAGUCGCGGCGGCGGAGGCAGCCCGGGCGGCUGGGAUGGAGCAGAAGCGCGCCGGGCGCCGGAGUACAAGCAGCUGACGGAGCCGCGCGGCGCUCGCCUAGCUUCCCCUACCGCCGCCCGAGCCGCCCGGUCGCCCGCUCCCACCGCAGCCAGCGGACAGAGGAGGAGCUGCCCGCGCUCUGGGCGCUCGGUCAGUCCCGGCAAACUCUCCCGCUGCCCGCGCCGGGUUCGGCACCAAGCACCAGGGUACCAUGGUCUACAAGACUCUCUUCGCUCUCUGCAUCUUCACGGCAGGACUGAGGCUACAGAGCGCGUCUGCAUCAACCCUCUCCCCUGUUUCUCUUCCGGCAAAGAGCAGCCCACCUACAGCCUUCUGGACCAGCUCUCCGCAAAGCCCUUCCGCUUCCCCUACCGGUGGAACACCCAGCAACUCGGUCCUCCCAGAUACAGCAUCGGCCCGGACAUCUCCAUCCGCCAAGAACGUCUCCACAGAGCCCAGAGAAGAGGAACCCGCCAGCCCAGCCUCCAACUGGGAGGGCACAGACACAGACGCCUCACCAACAAGCGGUGGGAUCCACUUAACACCCACGCUCGAGGAACACACUUCAGACACUCCCGAGGCCAGGGUGCCAGCUACAGGGUCGCAGCCCCCCGUUGAGUCUCCCACACUCACCUCCCCUCAAGCGCCAGCCUCAUCACCUUCACCCCCUUCAACCUCACCACCAGAGGAGGUUCCCUCUGCCUCUGUGAGCACCAGCCAUAACUCCGCUGAGACCAGCGCCAAGCCCACAGGAGCUCUAACCACAUCAGAGCCCCCAGCAGAGGAGCACAGCUCUGGCCACAUAGCCACUUCACAUGCCCCCGCCGAGCCAGUGCCCACCGAGACCACGGCCCAAGCAACUGUGCCCCCCAGAGUGACCUGUAUGCUGAUAGACACAGAGACCACCACUGCCCCCGCCGGGGUGGUCAUGCAGGAAGUGGAGCAUGCGCUAAGUUCAGGGCUUCACAGCGUGAAUCACACCCAUUCUGAAACUCACACGUGCCAACAGGGAAGAUGAGGAAGACAGAAAUGCCAGCCACCUCCCCAUCCCCCAUCCCCCGGGCACUGCCCACCCAGUGUACACACCUUCCUCAUAGGGCAGAGCUUCCCUGCCCUGGCCACACCUUCCUCAUCUUUCCUCUCCCUGCCUUGCCUCAAAAGAAGAAGUACAAGAAGGGGAAUUCCAGUUUACUUUAUUUUUUUUCCUUAUAAGUGGUAUUUUAAUUUCUGCUAUUAUAGUAAUAACCCAUCCUAUGACUGACACAUACAAAAUGUAGUCAUUA